CGCGGGGGCGGGCGGGCUGUGCGGGGCCGGGGCCGCAGCUGCCGCCCGGCGCGGUCCCGGCGGGGGCGGCGCGGCCCCUCCUGCCCGGGCUGCUGGGAGUUGUGGUCCUCGGCGGCGGCAGAGCGGCGCGGAGGGAGCGCGGCCCCGCACGGCCCCGCACGGCCCGGCGCGGGCGGCAGAGCCUCCCUCCAGCACAGCCUUUGAGGAUGAUGAGCCCAGGAGCGCCGGCGGGGACCCUCCGGCCACGUGGCUGCUGACCCAGGGGUGCUGCCGAGCACGGCUGCCGAUGCAGAGCUCCCGGGAGCGCAGGGCAGAGCCGCCGCUCCGCUCACCCAUGGCAGCCCCUUCCCGCCGCGCCCCGGCCCGGCUGCAUGGUGUGGGUGCCCCUGAGCCCCACGAGCAGUGACCGCCGGGCCCCGCUGCGCGCUCCCAGCACCACCACCAUGUCUUUGGAGUGGCUGACAGACUGGAGCUGGUCCCUGGACGGACUCCGGGAUUUCAUCGCCACCGGCAUCCAGUCUUUUCGCGACUGUGACGCCACGGCCCUGGUGGCCGUGGCCUGCCUGCUGGUCCUCUUCGUGUGGUACUGCUACCACGUGGGGCGGGAGCAGCCCCGCGCCUACGCCACGGUGAACGCGCUGAUGCAGAGCGCCGAGGCCAACGGGGUGCAGAACGGGUUCGUGUACUGCCAGUCGCCCGAGUGCGUGCGCUGCUCGCACCACGACGGCCUCAACCAGAAACUCUACCACAACCUGCAGGAGUACGCCAAGCGCUACUCCUGGUCCGGCAUGGGCAGGAUCCACAAGGGCAUCCGCGAGCAGGGCCGCUACCUCAACAGCCGGCCCUCCAUCCAGAAGCCAGAAGUCUUCUUCCUGCCCGACUUGCCCACCACACCCUACUUCUCCCGGGACACUCAAAAGCACGACGUGGAGUUGCUGGAGCGCAACUUCCAGACCAUCCUGUGCGAGUUUGAGACCCUGUACAAGGCGUUCUCAAACUGCAGCCUCCCGCAAGGAUGGAAAAUGAACAGCACGCCCAGCGGGGAGUGGUUCACCUUCUACCUGGUGAACCAGGGCAUGUGCGUGCCCAGGAACUGCCGGAGAUGCCCACGGACGUACCGCUUGCUCGGGAGCCUCCGUACCUGCAUUGGCAACAAUGUCUUUGGGAACGCCUGCAUCUCUGUGCUGAGCCCGGGCACCGUCAUCGCCGAGCACUACGGGCCCACCAACAUCCGCAUCCGCUGCCACCUCGGUCUGAAGACACCCAGCAACUGUGAACUGGUGGUGGGGGGCGAGCCCCAGUGCUGGGCUGAGGGCCGGUGCCUGCUCUUCGACGACUCCUUCCUGCACACGGCGUUCCACGAAGGUGCCCCGGAGGAAGGUCCCCGCGUGGUGUUCAUGGUGGACCUGUGGCACCCCAACGUGGCCGCGGCCGAGCGCCAAGCCCUCGACUUCAUCUUCGCGCCGGGACGAUGACGGCGCUGCCCGGCCUGGUGGGUUCAGGGCGGCUCGGCCGGGGCCUGGCCCGGCACAGGGCCUCGGUGCUCCCUCCCGGGGGUCUUGUAAAUGGAAACUGUGACGUGUAUCCGUGCCCAUCUCCUUCCUCCAUCGUUGGCUUCAGGGAUUCUUUUCCAAGCGCCGGCGCCCCUCGGCCCCGCUGGGGCUCGCCGCCCCCCCUGCUCCUUCGUGUUCUGUUGCUACUGUGUUCUUGCGGUGUUCAGAAGUAGAGUAACAAACCCAAGGGUGCUCGUU